AUCCAUGGAGCUGCCAUGUCUUAUGAAAUGUGGGCAACAAAUUUGAUUGAACACACAUUUUUAGAUUAUUUGUUAGAAAAUGGAUAUGAUGUGUGGUUGAAUGAUUCUCGAUUAUCCCCGACAAAUGCUGAAUGUUAUAAACAAUUUUCUCUGGAUGCAGUAAGAUUAGACCAAAAAGCCGCUAUUGAUCACGUUCGUAAAAUCACUAGAUGUGAUAAAAUUGCAGUAGUCGCACAUUGUCUUGGAAGCAUUUCUACACUCAUGGGACUUUUAGAUGGGUCAAUUGAAGGUGUUGGAUCUUUAGUUUCGAGUCAAGUGUCAGUUAACCCAAUUAGCGGAGUCGUAAACACGAUUAAACGAAUUUUCCAACUUCUUCCAUUUUAUCGUCAUAUACUUCGACAAGACCUUUUUGAUGUUCACACAUCGCCUGACACCAAUCUUUUAAAUCGUAUCGUUAAUCAAGGUCUUCGAUUUUAUCCAUAUCCAAAAAAUCAACUUUGUGACAGUGCAUUAUGUCAUCGUGCAUCAUUGUGUUAUGGCACCUUAUAUCAACACGAACAUUUAAAUCAACUAGUUCAUGAUUAUCAAGGUGAAUUUUUUGGAACAGUUAAUCUAACCACGAUGAAUCAUAUGUUGUAUAUAGUGACUGCUCAAAAGCUCAUAAGUUAUGACAAAAAAAAUGUUUACGUUACUGAGGAGAAUGUAAAGAAAAAUUUGAACUUCCCUGUCAGCUUAAUUCAUGGGGAUAAGAAUGUUGUUUUUGAUAUAAAAUCAUCACGAAAAUCUUAUGACACUUUGGUCAACUACGCACAAAACCCUGAUUUUUACUCGAUACAUGAAAUAGCAGGUUAUGGACAUUUAGACUGUUGGUGGGGAAAUAAUUCAUACAAAGAUGUAUUUCCAAAAGUAUUAGAUCAUCUUGAAAAAACAAAAAAUAAUUAUGGAUAUGCUUUGAAAGGAAAUCACGAUGUACAAGGGUCUCAUGUAGGUAUAUCAGUUAUUAAAAAGAUAAUUAACGAAGAGUUACAUAAACUUGGAAACGAUUCUUUACAUGGAAACGCAUAA